AUGGAAAACGAGGAGAGGCCCACGGAACUGGAGGCAGACGGUGAUCCGUCAAUCAGGCUGAACCCGAAUGCCGUUAGUCCAGUGCGAUUUAUCAAUUACGCCGCCAGUGAGUAACUUCCUCCGCCUCUGCUUUGAGUUAUUAUGUUUGACCAUUAUUAACUUCUCGCAUCUUCUUUACUUUCCCUCUCUCCUCCUCCUCCUCCUCCUCCUCCUCCUCCUUCUCUUUCGCGAAAUUUUUGGUUGUUCUGUCGCUUUUUCGCUUUUUUUACACUACUUCGGGUGAUAAGAUUGACGGGAUUUCAGUGUCGGAUGUCGGUAUUGGGUGAGGCUUUCGGCUCACCAGGUUACUGUGCAUGAUUUUUACUGCUAUCACAUAAUAAUCCAUAAAAACGCACACCUUUUGAAACGACCCAUAAUUUCCUCAGCCUUACUUCGCUCUUAUGCGCUUUCGACUGAGGUUGACUCUUCUACCCCGUCUUAUUCUGGCCGAUUAAUGACGUCGUCCAGUAACAGAGGUUUUACUGUAUUCCAGUCGUAGGUACUGGUUAAAAAGAGCUUGACAUGUGUUUCACCGCGGUGUCUGUUGCUGCAUGAUGUGGCUCGGAGGGGUUCAUCUCCCUCGUAGGUCCUCCAGUCGUCUCUGCAAGGUUUCAGGCAUAUGAAGUCCGUUAAGGUCUACGCCUAUGCGUCCUUGAAAAAAAAGAGCGAAAUUCUCGCGUUGGGUUUUUAAGUCAGCAAAUGGAACUCCGCAUUCUCUUGGCUUUCGUUGAACCAUGAAAUUCGCAGUUUUUCAUUUUCUAGUCUAUUUCGAAAUAGAAGAAUUCCUCCUCGUGCCUGGAUUUGAUCGGGCUUCGGCUAAUAUAUGAUCAGGGACAUCAAAUUACUGCACCUUUUGUUUCUUUGUUUGCAGGUCGAGCCAGGUUGCACAGUUCUGCCCUAACCUACCAGUUCCUCCCCGUUCGGUGCACUGAGGCUGAUCAGAUGACGCUGGAGGCCAUGAAUUUUCUCUUGUCCGCAAACAACGUCUUUGGCAUUUACUCGGAGUCCCCCUUUUUGCGACCCGUCGCCCUCCUACGGCCUGUACAGUUUGCCUGCCCAUCCAACGUCCUCCUUCAAUACCCCGAUCCCGAGAACAUGGUCCGUACGUUGCGAGAUCUGGCAGACCAGAAGGUAACUAGUAUCCCCCUGCUGUCUAUUCUCUCGGGUGCCAAGCCGAAUGCCGCCUCCCUGGGUUUCCACACUGGCUAUCUGACCUACAGUUUCACCCUCGAGCUCGACAACAAUACGAUGCGUAUUCUGGUGGAUCAGUCACGACGACCGCAUGAGUGCGUCUGCACUUCGUGCUUGUUUGUUUAUCUUCUAAUCAACAUUGAGCACCAGUUAACUAAACCCCCCUCUCUGCUCCUUGUCACCGCCCUUUCAAGAUGACAUGACUUCCCUUAGAAAGUUAAACUUGCUGCCUCCUGUUUACUCCUUGUCUUUGUGCUUCAGCGACGCUGACAAGUACCGUCUCAUUCUUCGGUUGGCCUGGGCUACGGCCGGACUUUACAUGCCACGUGACAAGUCCAAUCCCUCUCGCGUGCUGGCUUGCGAAGUGCUACCUCGCUGUCUCUCCGUCCGCGUUGCUCGUCGCAAUGUCACCCUUCCCGAUCCCAUCUUUCAUGGCGGCCAGGCGCAGAAAUUUGGUCAUCGUCUUCGAUUUGCAAUUGACAUCACUGACAAGGUUGUUUUUCUGUUCCUUCGGGUCUACUGCAUGUCCUGGCUUGUUCUGUCUGAGCGUUCAAAAGAGGCAGUAGAAGACGACUUAACCAGCCGUGGGGAGAUGAAUUUCUCAGUGUUUAGAAGUCGAACUCCAGUCCAUCUUCAGAAAUUUGCCAGCUCUGUUGUCUGCGCCCAGUUGGCACAGUCCGGUCAGUCGGUGGUUGGGCAUCUGGAGGGGUGUCUGUGCGGUCAUCUGCGCGACAUGCUCCCGUUUUCAAUGUCAGGCUGUUUUGCGGCGGCUGUGGGACUAAUCCGUUUCGAUCAGUGCGGUAAAGCAGGCACACUGUUCACUCUCCAGUGAUGGAGUCUGGCAGGAAUUUGUAACUUGAGACAAAAUCGACCUGACUGAUUGGGUCCUUUUCUUGUGAAUUGGUUGCUAGGACACAUAUCUUAAAUUAUUCGUACCAGAGGAGUUUAAGGGGAAAUUCCCGGACACCGUCAGUAAAGGAAAACAGCUGGAGUCUGUCACGUGUGUCGCGCGAGUCCACACAGUUUUAUUAUCGACUGAUCUUUCUCGUACUUGCAGAUUGUAACUCGAUCAAACUUCUUAGUCCGCGGUCGGGGUGUUGAAAUUGACCUAACCUGGCUGCACGCCCCUCUGGAGGACCACGCUCAGCCGCUGCUUGAAAUGGUCGGCUCCGGGUCCUGUACUCCUAUUCUCAAUCACUUGCUCAACCUUCCCCUUGUUCAAGUCACUCUGGAUCGUGUGCAGCCAAUACCGGAGUUUGUGCGCAUGUUUUCGUCGGCUGUUGCUGGCGAACCAGUCACAGACCCUCCUCCGGGUUGCAAGCCUCCUCGCUUGCCGUCGGAGACCCCAGAAGCUCUUGCGGGGGUGUACGACUUUUGUAUGUCCUCUGAUCGCGUGAUCGCGGCUUCUGAAACUUUAGUGAGUCCUUCUCUUCCACACUGAUUUAUGUUUUGUAAAUUUGAUGUCUAAUAUCAAAACAUCGUGCGAAGUGUCCGUAAGUUUAGGCGACUAUUUGAGUCCCAGUUGUGCAGUAGGUUGGAUAACUCUUGAAAUGUCACGAGUUACCACAAGAAAAUCAGUAUAACGCAAAAUUCGUCCAAGCUGCCUUACAGCAGAGGAAAACGACUGUUAUCAAGAGGAGGACAUAGUUGGGUCUACAAAUUACUACUUACAAACAUAGAUAUAAUGAAUUUCUCCUGCGAACUGGAACUUCAGAAAAUUGUUAUUGCAUAUUGUGUAAAUAAGGCUAACUGUGAAGGGUGCAUUAGGACGGCGACACAUGAAAGGGGAGAAAUAAUGAAAGACAAUAGCAAGUACAAAGGCUGAGUGCUUUGUUGAUUGUCCACUUGCAUCUAACGCAACAGGGAUCCCCUCAGACAUGAAGAUUGUAUGUUGUCUGUAGCGGGUUGUUCAGUGUGAUUAUCUGACACAAAAUCAAACGUUUUUUGCACGGAAGAUUUCAUUUUUAUGCCUUGUGCUAACUUCUCUUAUUGAGUCUGAAAAUAUUUUUGAAAGGAUUAAGUUCCAGGGCGUCUGCGGAGAGGGUGGCUGUUGUCAAAAAAAGUUAAAUUAGAAUUAUAGGCUUUAUCAAAUUCAUACCUCUUUAGAGCGAUGGUCAGGGGAAUUAUCAUGUAAUAUGAUGGCACCCAUUUGGCGUCGGUGGAUGUCGUUGUAACUGAAGACAUCCUUGCCAGUGUUGAUGGGCACCGUGCUAUUGAUGGUGUCCGUAGUCGAACGCCGGCCUGGCUGUUCUCCGAGUUUGAUAGCCACCCAAACCAUUGACCGUCGACAGUUCUUGAAGAUUGCCGUCCAUACGCUAUGCUCUUUCGGAAAGUUCUCUCUACAUAUUACCGUCUGGGUCUACUUCGUAGGCUUGUCUAAAAAUAAGGCCUUAUCGCGGAAGUAAAGGCUGCGGCAGCUGGUUAGGCUCGAAAGAGAGCACGUAAUGCACAACGGAACGUAAGAACGAUCGGUGAGGGCCUCCUACCAUUGUAUAUUCCCAAUCGAAUCGGACAAGGCAAGGGGCUCGUGGUCUAGUGGUUAGAGGCGUGGACUUCUAAGUAACAGGUCGCGAGUUCGAGCCUCAGGUGGUCCACACCUUGGGGGUGGGUAUGGCUGGCUGACGACGGCUAAUAAGCCAGAAAUGGCCAUUCGAGUUUCCCUUGUCUUUGUCGGUAAUGCCAUUCUGCCUAUAUCAUGCGCCGCUGUGCGGCUGCUGGUCGGGCUCGAGAGACAGCCUUUAAGGCACAACGGAACGAGUGAUUUCCUUAAGAACGAUUGGUGAGCGCCCCUUUCCGAAUAAAAAGCGUUAUUCGAUAAGCUUUCCGUUUUAAAAACGGCAUCCUUUUCUUGAUUAGGUUCAUAGAGAACGUCGUCGGAUACUCCCUGUGAAUGGCCUUACUGGGCAUGUAGUGAUAGGUUGUUAGUGUGCGACUAAUAAAGUCGUUGUCUUGCCUACUUGUGAACCGUUUUUGUCCACAAUGCUUAUUUCUGGGCACGGCUCUAUCACUAAUAAUUCGCCACAGGGUGACAGCGCUCGAUGUACAAUUUUUAUACCUAGUAAUUCUGGGUGUGAUAAAGCAAACUACCUUCAAACCAAUCUGUCACGGAAUUUUAUGGCACGAAAGGUCACACAUUUACAAAACGGAUUUUUAUGGGCUGAAGUUACUUCUUUUUUCUUGCAAACAAAGCGAUUUCUCAUACCCGCCUCACCUGAUUUUCAUGGAGGCAGAAUCUAAUUUUAUGCCUCCUGAGGGGAUUUAUUUCAUACUUCUCCUGUUUUCGUUAAUCAUUUUUCACGGCUAAACAUGAGGUUUUGAUCUGUGACUUUCAGUAGGGUACGAAAUUAUCUGAAUAUCAGGAAAGUCCAGAAUUCGUCAUAACGGCAUUUCAUCAGUUGAGCAGUUUGAUGCGAUCCUGAUGACCGAGUGAGGUUUACGCGCCAAAGCAACUUCGCUGGCACCUGAUGCUAAUCUGCCAUUUUUACUUAAUGACGCCUAGAAUAUUAACUCCAUUCCUUAUCACAGCGUAGAGUUGCCGCGAGUUUCUUAGCGUUUUUUGGCACCCGGAAUUCCCUCUCAGGCCUGGCCUAUAGUUGCCAAAAUUUCUACAAACACAAAACCCCAAGAGUUAGUUGACUUGCAGCGUUUUCCACUUUUGUCGUAGGUAAUUAGCCUUUUGCAAUCUUUUCCUAGGCAAUGAUAAAGUCCAAACUGACCUCCGAGGAGGAUUUGCAGUCUGAUGGAUGGAUUCCUGUUUCCUUGCUCUGCCCCCUCGCUCUCACACGCAUCGAAGUGAGUUCAGGCACUGUCAGCAAUACUGUUACUCCGAUUUGUUUUUGUGGUGUCUUACGCGCAGUUUCUUGCCAAUGACAGUGCAUUGCCCCGGUAAUACUGAAAAUUCUUUACUGAUUUUGCGUUACCCCUUGAGCGUAUAAAUUUUGUCUUCGCUUUACUUUGCUCAUGCACAGUACACGUCAGUUUAACUCAACAAACCGUGCGCACUAAAAGACGCGUGUUUCUGCCCUCCCAGCUGACUUCCCGUGUCCAAAUGACGAAACAGAGUCAAGAUGACCUGAAAUGACAUUGACGCGGUGACUUCCCUUAUAUACGUACCACAAACGGUCGCGCCUAAGUGUGUGCCGCGACAUUGAUUCGGACCCCACGGAGUGGGAAUGCCGUAGAGGUGGAUUAAGAAUGCUGAGGAGUGUGUUGGUCAUAAAAUGAAGGAGGCAGAUAGCCAUCGUGGCUCCCUAAAUCCAAUAUGGAGCAUUAGUCAGAUUCAGGAACGUCAUCUCUCUUGUUUUUAUCCAUAAUGUGACAUGUGGGUUGAAGAGGAGGUGAGAGAACAAGGUAAUUGUAUACGUUGUUAAAACGACUUUGAGUGCAAUGACUGUGGGGUUGUUUCCGCGGAGAAAACUUUAUUUUUUCGUCGGUAGCGCUGGAAGUGUUGUUACGGCCCUACGUGUGAGCUCUGUCUCCUCUGCAGAUCCCUGUGCGCUCAGUGAACUGUGAUCAUCUGCAGUGCUUUGACCUGUCCUCCUAUCUGACGAUUAACAAGAAGCGUCCUCGGUGGUCCUGUCCUGUCUGCAGUUCGCCUGCCCCCUUCCGCGAUCUGCGACGCGAUGAGUAAGUACUUUUGCCACCUUCACUUUGGCUACGUUGUUUCUUAGAUUGCCUACCUUAUGUGCUAAUUUGUCAUAAGCAUCUAGAAACGGAAAAUUGUGCCCGUGUCAAUUGUCCAUCAAGGGUUUUAUUUAGACGCCUGACCAAUUUGACCACGGCGCAGACCCUUUUGAGCGUCAUCGGGAAUUUUAAGACGCACGUCCACCAGGCCCAUAGAUAAAGUGAAAUCGCUCCUAUUUCGUGUUGCAUUUAAAAUGCCAAUACUCCAUGGACUAUAUUCACCUCUAGUUUUUCUGUUCAUCUCGAAUAGAGUGUACUAACUCAUGAGUUCUGUCUUUUCUCGUCCCGGCGAGGGUGCUUUCUAGUUAUGGUCAGAGGUCCAUACUGUCAUGUGGUCUUAAACUGACACGCGCAGCGAAGCGAAACUAGGGUCAGAGGAAUGCCUGCGUUCUAGCAAUUACCCAACAGCCGAGGAAAGGGGAUUUUUUUCACUCUUCAGUGCAUUUAAAAAUUUGUUAACCUGUCAACUGCCAGUGUAUUCGGCCGAUGUACUUUCAUCCACGAAUGCAUUCAUUUCGUAGCGCUCAAAGUGGGUGCAUCAUUGGUUCUGUUUUACUAAACUCUUAAGCUUCUUCGUCCAGCUGAUGGCCGAUCCAAGUCUCAAGGAUGUCAAAAUGGUCCACGUAGAUGCCAAUGGACACUGGCGAGAGGCCUCCAAACCCACCGAGGGUGAUUUCUCUGCUACUAUUUCCGCCAACGAGUCGAUUCCCGGAAUUCCUACGGACAACCAGACAACUGCUGCUGUUCCCUCACUGCUGAAUGGGACCUCUACGACGUCGCCUCUCAUAUUGGAGUCGGAUUUAUCAUCUGAGCCGGUGGCUCCGAUAGAGCCUGAUGCCACUCAAUCCAGUGUCUAUGUCGUUCUCAUCGACGACGAUGAUGACGAUGACCAGGAGGGUGACGAGACGCAACCGGAGCAGCCCACUUUUGCUCAUUCCACGUCUUUGAAUGAUUGCUGCCCCCAGUCUCCUCCCGCUGCUGUCACUGAUGAACAGCCGGCCGAGCUUCUUUCUGAGGCGCCCGAUUCUGCACCGACGAAGUAGGCGGCUUUUUCCCAUUCUCCCUUGGUAAUUUGUUUAGUGGCCAAUCAGUUUUGCCCUUCCAUUUGCAUGUCUUUUCUUAACACAAAGCUAAAUGCGCUGUCGACAAAGGUCUAUUCAUUGCAGGCAAUACCAGCUGGUAAAUACAGCAGUGACCACGAGAUUCAGCAGUUAGCACUCUGCCGGUUUGGUUUUUUGUUGGUGUGAGCCUGCAUAUGCAGUUUUAUUCCUCCUUCCAUUUCCAACCACAACGUUCUAGCCUGUUUGUCGAUCUGGCCGCAAGCUCAGACGAGGAACCCGAUGUGACGAUGGCAUCUACCCCACCACUUUCCAGUCCCGAACCCUCGGCAGCGCCGACGCCAUCAUCGAUUUCGCCCACCAAAACGGAGAGCUGCAGUCUCCCGGCUGUGAUUCCGUCCCCUUCCCUCGCGCGCCGCUCCGUGGACAUCGCCCCACUUCUUCCUGUCGCCUCGCAACCCCUUAACAUCGCCAGCCAUGAUACGCAAUCUCCUCCUCCCCCUGCUGCUGAUGCUGCUGUUGUCAACGCCGCUGGGACUUCCUCCACCCCGAAUAUGUAAGCCUUUUGGACAUAUCCAACGCAGGGACCCCUGUAAAACGGGUUUGGUGGUAAUGGGGGGUUUUUCGAGCGGAUCACAUGGAAGCGAGGGCUAAAAAGUGAAAGGAAAAGCACAAGAAGGCGCAAGCAAACCGUAAGGCUGUUUAAACGCUCCCCUCCCCAAUUAAGUCAAAAAGCUGAAGCGUGUACACCCAAAGCUAAAUGCGCUGUCGACAAAGGUCCAUUCGGUGCAGGCAAUACCAGCUGGUAAAUUCAGCACUUUUGGUUUUUGUUGGUGUGAGUCUGCAUAUGCAGUUUUAUUUUUCCUUCCAUUUCCAACUACGCCGUUCUAGCCUGUUUGUCGAUCUGGCUGCAAGCUUAGACGAGGAACCCUAUGUGACGAUGGCAUCUACUCCACCACUUUCCAGUCCCAAACCCUCGGCAGCACCGACGCCAUCAUCGAUUUCGCCCACCACAACGGAGAGCUGCAGUCUCCCGGCGGUAAUUCCGUCCCCUUCCCUCGCCCCAAUUCCGUCCGUCCUCUCGCGGCCCCUAAACCUCGUUGGAAAUUCUACGCAACCUAUUCCUCCUUCCUCCGCUGCUGAUGCUGAUGCUGCUGUUGUCAGCGCCGCUGGGACUUCCUCCACCUCGCGGGAAUCCCCACCUCCGAACAAGCUAAACAAGGCCACUGGGUAAGGAUUGAAUAUGUAAGCCUAUCCGACAUAUCCAACACAGGGAACCCUGUAAAACGGGUGUGGUGGUAAUGGGGACUUUUCGGGUGGAGCACGUGGGAGCGAGGUCUAAGAGGUUUGCGGAGAGAGGCAAUUGGACGGUCAAGGCCACUGAGGCUGAACGGACUGCAACGCGGACAAAUAGAAACGUGAUGGGGACACUAAUGCCGUAAAAAGUGGGUGUCGGUUUGUAAAAUAAAUUGUAACGAACCUAACUGGAACAAGGGCUAGGAAUGCUACGAGUGGAGAAAAAACAGGUUACUAAGGUGAGUUUGGGGAUUAUGACGACGAAAAUAGGAGGGCCGGAGUUCGGGCGGGAUUGGGAACACGGGGAUGUCCUAUGGCAGGGGCAGGUUUGUUCGGAGGCAAGUCUUGUUAUGUCCGGGCAGCGGAAGCGAUGCGGGAUCGGCGAUGACGUCCAGAAGGCGUCCUGGGGUUUAUGAGUGCUCAGUGUCAGUCGUCCUUGGUUUUUCUGGGGCCUCCGGACGACUUGGAUAGGCUUACAUAGAAUAGACCCAUGGAUAUAUAUCACUCAAACCGCUAGGAUACACGAAAGUAGGUUGUAACUAAUGGGAUCUUCGGAACCGUUAUUAGGGACAUCCUGGCUUCUGACCAGUCUCUUCGAAAUCGUUGCUAAGCAAAACGAAAUAACCAACGUUUAAACAAAAGCUUUCGACUUAAUUUGGCAAAAUCCAAUGGGAUGGACGCUUCAAAGGGUCAUAAGCCAAUAGGAUCACCCUGAAAUCGAGCUGUCUAGCAUACGUUGCCUUCGACAAAUUCUCCUCAGGCCAGUACAAUUAUACGGGAGCGGGGUCCAGUCAAUCAUGUCAGUGAUUGAAAAAUCGAAAAAUGUUAGUUUUAAAACCCAAGCGGGGCGAGAGCGGAAGGGCGCAGAAAGUUCCAUUUGGUUAGUCGACCUUUGACCACGGUAUGCGCGGAGCCUGAACGAGGUUCUUCUAGGCGCAUAGGGUCGGUUUUCAUAACCUGAUUGCGGCCGCUUAUGCUGCUGCCAACAGGUACUGGCCCAAUAGCUUAGGAUAGUCCAGGGAACUUUAUAAAUCACACGAAAAGCUUUGCCGGGGUCCACACGAUGCCCUAAAUCAACUGCAUACGCAAGAAUGGCUCUGCAUAUGCUCCUAGUUUCGCCUUUUGUCAGCCAUGCGCGGAGGUGUUCUCGUAUUCUUUUGGAUAGACGUCGACUCGUACGACCAAUAUAACCUGCUCCGCAGGAUCACGUGACGAGUAAGGUGGACAUUGAGGUGGUCGGAGGUGCAGCCUAUCCUUUCCACGUAAAACAGGGAUAGUAGAGGGUCAGAUCGCAGUUCGUAGCCUGUGGUGUGUAAGCCACCCGGUAGAUCCCUCUCCGACGGGACCCGUGGGAAAAAGGGGUUUUAAGGGAGGGGUAACUGGAUAGCGGCUUAGGAGGAGAAAAUUAAGUAAAGAAAGAGGUAAAGUUUCAUGAGUAAAUAGUGAGGUUUUAGUGAGGUGAAAUAACGGUAAAAAAUCAAGGAGAGGCCCGUCACACGUAGCGCAGCCUGCGGAAGGUCACCGCGGUGGAAAGAGAUAGGACUAGCUGACAACGCUGCAUUAGUAACCAACAGGAGGUACGUACCGAACGGCAAGAUCAUUCCGCGAAACGCGCCCCAAAAAUGGACGCGUGACAAUGAGUGCUCGUAAAAUGUCAGGGGAAAACAAAUCAGCGGACAGUGAAGCCCAAGAACGGUAAGUAUGAAUGUGGAUUACGUAAGAGGUCCAUGAGCAAGCCGCAGUGUGAUGAUCCUUUUGCACACUGCUGUCAGUAUUUUGCUGAUUAUUUGUCAUGCGAUUGUCCGCUUGUAGAACGCAGACCGCAAGGAAGGCGCGAAAGGCCGCUCCGCAAGUUACUAAACCGUCAGAGCUUGCGCAGAUCCUUGCUCUGAUCCAGUCGCCAAACCUAGUGCAAUAUCUGCAAGCGAAAGGAGUGCUCGCUUCUGAAGUCAGGUGUCGAUGCCGAAAACCCAUGCAAAUGCAAAUAUUGCGUCAGCACACGGACGGGUUUGCCUUCAGGUAUGCGAAAAUAAUACUUUAAUGCAGUCCGAAGGUGUAACAAAUGCGGAACCAAAAGGGCACUCAGAGCGGGCUCAGUGUUUGAAGGAAGUCAUCUGACUUUACCAACAGCAGUAAGAACGGCCCUAGCCUUUUUGGAGGGCACAGGUGUGAUAAGAUGUGCAGAGCUGGUGGGCAUAAGUGUAACUGCAGCUGUCGAGUGGUAUGACAUCUGGCGGGAUGUCUGCACCAAAGCCCUCCUCAAGGAGGUAAACCAAUUAGGAGGACCUGAAGUGGAAGUUCAAGUUGAUGAGAUUACGAUAACAAGACAAAUAUACAACGUUGGACAACUGAAGAAGCAACACUGGAUUUUGGGUAGGAAUUUCCUAUUAGAUGGCCAUUUCUAGGUAUGUACGAUACAAAGAGAAGGAAGGCGAUCUUCGAGCAAGUGAACGAUCGAAGCUGGUCCUCCCUAAAAGCAGUAAUUAAGAAAUGGGUAGCUCCUGGAAGUGUAAUAGUAACAGACCACUGGAAGGACUAUGGCCGUCUAACUGGAGAAGGCUAUCGCCACCUAACGGUCAAUCGUUCUACCAAUUUUGUCGAUGCGGCCACGAAGAAGAAUGCGAACGCUAUAGAAGCCUAUUGGAAUAGGCUGAAAAAGAAAUUGCGCGAACAUGGACCCGUCAAGGGCACGAAGAUAUGGGCACACGUCGACGAAGCGCAAUACCGUCUGUGGUACGGAGUGAAGGCAAGUAACUUGUCGGAAUCCUGGGAAAGAUUCCUGUCCCAUGUUGCACAAGCAUAUCCGGUCGCUGAAAGCGGCAUCGUAGCCGAAAAGUAAAGCAGUUGACGCUAAGGUAAGCAAGCAAAUAGAAACGAAAUCCUACGUAUAGGUCAAUAUGUGCACACGAAUGA